AUGGCUUCAAAACCAGGAUUGCUCACUGACUGGCCAUGGAAGCAGCUUGGAAGCUUUAAGUAUGUGAUUUUGGCACCGUGGGUGGUUCGUAGCAUGUAUUUGUUUAGUUUGAAAGGAGAAGGAGAGAGAGACCUGACCAGCUUUCUCAUACUACCGUUUCUAUUGUGGAGGAUGCUACACAACCAGAUUUGGAUUUCUCUCUCUCGUCAUCGAACAGCUAAAGGAAAUAACAGGAUCGUUGACAAGAGUAUUGAAUUCGAGCAAGUUGACAGAGAGAGUAACUGGGAUGACCAGAUAUUGUUUAAUGGAAUUAUAUUUUACAUCGCAAGCAUGGUAAUCCCGGGAACUUCUAACAUGCCCAUUUGGAGAACAGAUGGCGGUAUCAUCAUAACCUUGCUUCAUAUCGGUCCUGUAGAGUAUCUCUACUACUGGCUUCACCGAGCACUGCACCACCACUACCUCUACUCUCGCUACCACUCCCACCACCAUUCCUCCAUAGUCACCGAGCCCAUCACAUCUGUUAUUCAUCCAUUUGCAGAGCAUAUAGCAUAUUUUUUGCUCUUUGCAAUACCAAUUUUGACGACAAUUGCAACUGGGACGGCCUCGGUUCUAGCCAUCUUUGGUUACGUCACUUACAUUGAUCUUAUGAACAACAUGGGUCACUGCAACUUUGAGUUGAUUCCUAUGAAGAUUUUCUCCAACUUUCCCCCUCUCAAGUACAUGAUGUAUACACCUUCAUACCACUCUCUUCAUCACACCCAAUUCCGGACCAAUUACUCACUGUUCAUGCCUAUCUACGACUACAUCUAUGGUACCAUGGACAAGUCCACCGAUAUAUUAUUUGAAACUUCACUACGACGUCAAGAAGAGUCUCCCGACGUUGUUCACCUCACCCAUCUAACUACGCCAGACUCAAUCUACCAUUUGCGUCUAGGUUUCUCAUCACUUGCCUCCGAACCUCAGGAUUCCAAAUGGUACCUCUGGUUAAUUUGGCCAGUAACGUAUUGGUCCAUGAUCAUGGCUGCCAUCUAUGGCCGUACAUUCAUUUUGGAAAGGAAUGCUUUUGAGGAGAAACUCAAGCUACAGUCAUGGGCAGUACCAAGAUACAGUGUACAAUACUACUUCAAAUGGCAAAGAGAAUCUAUCAAUGGGCUGAUUGAAGAGGCCAUACUAGAAGCAGAGGCAAGAGGCAUUAAAGUCUUAAGUCUAGGUCUUUUGAACCAGGGAGAGGAACUCAACAGAAAUGGAGAGAUAUACAUCCAAAGGUACCCUCAGCUAAAUGUGAAAGUGGUGGAUGGGAGUAGCUUGGCAGUUGGUGUUGUUCUCAAUAGCAUCCCAAAAGGAACAACUCAAGUUCUUCUAAGAGGCAGACUUUCUAAGGUUGCUUAUUCCAUUGCUUCUGCAUUGUGCCAAAUGGGUAUAGAGGUGGCUACCUUAUAUGAAGAUGAGUAUGAGAAGCUUAAGCUAACCACCAACUCUCAAAGUAGUUUGCUACUCUCAAGGACUUAUGCUCAGAAGACAUGGUUAGUGGGAGAUGGAUUGACGGAGGAAGAACAGUUGAAGGCAUCAAAAGGAACAUUGUUCAUUCCUUUCUCACAAUUUCCUCCAAAGAAAAUCCGCCAUGACUGCUUCUACCAGUACACACCAGCAAUGGGUACCCCCAUGUCUCUCGAGAAUUUGCACUCAUGUGAGAACUGGUUGCCAAGGAGAGUAAUGAGUGCUUGGAGGAUAGCUGGGAUAGUACAUGCCUUAGAAGGAUGGAAUGUUCAUGAGUGUGGAAAUAAGGUUUUCAACAUUGACAAAGUUUGGGAAGCCAGUCUUAAACAUGGUUUCAAACCUUUGGUGACGGCCUCUUAACCUAAGAUUUAAUGCAUGUUAUCUAUUCUACAACCAUGAAAUAUCACAAUUAUUACUAUUUAUGUAUUUUGUUGAAUGCAC